CCAGAAGAAUUUGUGGAACUAGAUACUUCAGUACAAGGAUUAGCAGAAUUAGAUGAGCUUGAAACAUUAGAAGAAAGUCCUGUUAUAAAGUCAGAAUUAGUAAAUAUUGAUUCUACCAAAUUUCCUUUAUUAACUCAUCUAAUAGAAUUAGCUUUGUUACAACAAACUUUAGAUGCUACAGAUAUUGAACCAAAAGUCAUAUUAACAGAUAUAAAUCUAGCUAUGGAAAAGAUUUAUGAAAACCAAGUUUUUGAUAAUUAUAAUCAUAAAAAUAUUGAUAAUAUCAAAGAUAUUAAUAAUCAAGCAAGUGCUAAUAAUAUUAAUGUUAGUAAUAAUCAAGAAAGUGCUAACAAUAUUAAUGAUGAUAAUAAUCAAGAAA